GCACCUAAAGAUGUCGGUAGUUAAAUAUCCACGAGAUGAAGCAAAGAAAAUUUCCAAGAAAUAGUCAUUCCUGGUCGGACGAUGACCCUUUGUAUUCACCAGAAAGGGUCUGUCGGACACCGUGCCGUCGGAUAUUAACAAAGUUGACCUGAAAAGUCCCUUUAUCUUUUACAAUACUUUAAUUCUUUACGUAUCCUGUAUUAUUAAUUAGCAUAGAAGUUUUCAGUGAUCCUAACAUCGUAGAAAGAGGUUAAAAUGAUCCCGACAACGUAUGCCAGAAGAAUACGGAAUGCUAUGUAGAAAAGGGAGAGGAGAUUGAGCUUGCAAAAGAGACCCAUAAUGCGCAUUCCUCUACUGCGCAGAGUCUUAUUUUCCUCUGCGUUAGCGUGAACAUCGUAUGGGCAUGGUGUACGUACGUUCAUUUAGUAAACAACUCAUGUGUUGUACCAGUAAAGUGUUUUGGUUUGCCAAAAUCUGUAUUUUUCUGGUGAGGAUUAAUCUUAUUUUAGGAUACCCUCGAGGAAUAUCAAAGAAGUGAUACUCGGAUAGUUUAUUCGCAUUGAAUAUCAUUGUUAUCAACAUCAACAUCAUCGCCGUCGUUAUCAUCAUCGUGUACUACUUUGAUCUAUGGGUUCACAUCUGUUCCAAGGUGGAUAAUUGUGGAAUCGAUGUGCUUUUAGUGCAGUGGUGUGGAAACAAGUGACACUAAGUGACAGAGUGAAUAGUGUUCAGCAAAGGAGGCAAAACUCCUUUCAAAGGAAAGGUGUUUAUGCUAGUCUUACGGUGCUUCCAUAUGUGCCGUAAGGACCUUGCAGUCUGAAUGGAGAAGCUGGCUAGGUGUGAUGCAUCUUCAUAUUUAUAUUUAAUGAGAAUCCUCUUUUUGUACCGAGGAUAAGCCAUUUGUAGCAGAAAAAAGAUGACACUAACUGACUGCUCUAGCCUACUAACUGGCAACUGCCUAGAGUACUCUAGCAGAUUACGAUGUGAAAUCUGCAAGAGGCUCUGUCCCACAGAGGAACCUGAAGAAGAGCACCCUACUAAAUCAUCAAGACAAAUACCUUGCAAGCACAAGAAAAUCCUGGCAAGUAUAUCCUGUCGAAGGAACCGUGUUGAUCAGGGUAGAUGGCUUCGGAGUGCUUCCAGCGUUGUACGAUGGUGGUGCACACAAAAUUUUCUUAUUUCCUGGCAAAGACUCAUCGCCAUAAUCCUUUUGAUCAUCGCCAGCUUUGUUCUCCCAGCUUCAGCAGAGUUCCUUAGUCCACCUAUUACUGAGGUUACUGCUUCGUCCUCCAAAACGGAGGUGUGCCAAAGCGUAGACAUAAGGAAUAGCGUGAGCGAAUUCUCAAGACUGGAGGGAUGCCGGGUCGUCGAAGGUUUCGUGCAGAUAUUGCUGAUCGACCGUGCUGACGAUUUGGCCUAUGCCAACCUCACCUUUCCCGACCUCGUCGAGAUCACCGGUUACCUGGUACUGUACAGAGUGAACGGCCUGAAGAGCGUCGGUAAACUAUUUCCUAAUUUAACGGUGAUAAGGGGUCACUCGUUGUUCAUCAACUACGCCCUGGUGAUGUUCGAGAUGAUGCACCUGCAGGAAAUAGGACUCCACUCCCUUACGGACAUCCUUCGAGGAUCGGUAAGAUUCGAGAAGAAUCCGGCCCUGUGCUACGUGGACACCAUCGAUUGGGACAACAUCGCCAAAGCUGGAAAGGGAGAGCACGUGAUAUCGGGCAAUAAACCCAAAAACGGAUGUCCGGUAUGCGAGAAAAACUGCCCGCCGAGACUGACCAAGCCUGACGAGACUCUAUGCUGGAACAAACAGCACUGCCAGAAAAUUUGCGAUAGUAAAUGCGGAGAUUAUGCGUGCAGCGAUUCCGGCACGUGCUGCCAUCCGUCUUGCCUCGGAGGAUGCACCGGACUGACGGCGCAGAAUUGCACCGUCUGCAGGGAAAUGGUGGUGGACGUGAAUCAGUGCGUCAAGAGGUGUCCGAUCGGCACGUACGAGUUCAUGAAUCGAAGAUGCAUCCAAGAGAACGAGUGUCGGACAAUGCCGAAGCCGAAGGAGGCACUGGGAACGGUGAAGAACUAUCCGUACAAGCUGUUCAACGAGAGCAGCUGCGUAAUCGAGUGUCCGGCUGGUUACAUGGAGGAGGAAGUUAACGGGAAGCCAUCUUGCAAGAAGUGCGAUGGCUCUUGCCUGAAGGAAUGCGCCGGUGCCAGCGUGGACAGCAUCGCCUCGGCACAGAAGCUUCGCGGCUGCACUCACAUCACCGGGAGCUUGGAGAUACAGAUACGAGGCGGUAAGAAUAUUGUCAAGGAAUUUGAGGACAGUUUGAGCAUGAUCGAGGAGAUCGACGGUUAUCUAAAGAUCGUGAGAAGCUUUCCACUGAUCUCCCUGAAUUUCCUUAAGAAGCUCAGACUUAUCAAGGGCAAUCAGCUGGACAACGGAAAGUACACGCUCGCCGUACUGGACAAUCAGAAUCUGCAAGAGCUCUGGGACUGGGACACCCAUCCUAAGAUACAGAUCAGGUCUAACGGCGCCCCCGGGAAGGUCUUCUUUCAUUUCAAUCCGAAACUCUGUCUUCACAAGAUCGAGAAGUUGCGCGAGGUCGCCAAUCUCGCUGAGUUCUCGCCCCUCGAGGUGGCGCUCAAUAGUAACGGCGACAAGGUUGCCUGCAACGUCACUGACAUUAUUACCAGGGUCACCAAGAAGACGUCGGAAGCUGCGCUGAUCGAGUGGCAGGCCUUCAAGCAUCAUGAUCCCAGAUCGCUACUGGGCUACGUCGUGUACUUCAUUGAGGCGCCUAAUAGGAACGUGACCAUGUACGAUGGCCGGGACGCGUGCGGCGGCGAUGGCUGGAAGGUCGACGAUGUCGGCGCGACGGAAUCCUCAGAUUCUUCGGUUCCUCUUGGCGAGGAGGAUUCCAAUCACACGGAGUACCUGACUCACAUACUGACCCAGCUGCAGCCGUACACCCAGUACGCUUACUACGUGAAGACCUACACGAUAGCCACCGAAAGAUCUGGCGCUCAGAGCAACGUCAGCUACUUCACGACCUUCCCAGACGCACCGAGCGCACCGAGAGCUCUGUCCACCUGGAGCAACGCCAGCAGCGAGCUGGUGAUGUCCUGGUUUCCGCCACUGCACAAAAAUGGAAAUCUUACGCAUUAUCGGAUUGUCGGUCGCUGGGAACCGGACGAUCCGAGCUUUCUGGCUCAGAGGAACUACUGCGACGAACCCUUGCUACUUCCGGAAAAGAAAUCUUUGGCCGCCAUGGCCGAGGAGGAACGUAAAAAGGCAGAGAGCGAGAUGGAGCGAGCCAGGACGCCUGAAAGAACAGCCUGCGACUGUGCGGAUCGUGUUCCCGAUCAGUCGAUACGCGAAAAGGAAGUGUCCAGCUCCAUAGCAUUUGAGGAUGCUCUUCACAACAAGGUUUACGUGAAGAAAGUUAAUUCUCGUCGUAGAAGAGACGUCAGUGCCAUGUUAAGCGCCGUUCGUAAGAAUCCGGAUACUUACUAUAGUUACCCAGAGGACAAGGAUCCAAACGAUAAACUCGAGGAUGGUAUCUACACAACCUUCGAAAGGUUGGUCCCCAGCACCAAUCUCAGCUUCGUCAUGAGAAACUUGCGACACUUUGCAGCUUACAACAUCGAAGUGCAAGCUUGCAGAGAACGGACAGUCAAUGACAGCUUGAACAAUUGUUCCACAAAGAGUAUGAGGACUUACAGGACUCUGCCGCUCGAGAGUGCCGACAAUAUUCCUGCGAAUACAUUUAAGUUGAGCACGAUUGGGGGUAACAACAGUCUGGCCAUGGUGCGCUUGCAAUGGGAAGAACCUGUUAAGCCGAAUGGUCUGAUAGUUACUUAUCAGAUCGAAUACAAGAGGGUGGACAUUCAGAACAUCAAGGCCACUGUCGUAUGUAUUACCAGAAGAGACUUCGUGAACGGUGGAAAGUCCUACCUGUUGAAGGAUUUGCCACCAGGAAAUUAUUCCAUUAAAGUCAGAGCAACUAGUCUGGCUGGCAAUGGAGCUUACACGGAGGUGAAAUACUUCUACAUAGAGGAGUACAGUACGUCCGGGACAUUUUGGAUACUCUUCUGGUGCAUUCUUGUAUUGGUUUUGGCCAUACUUGUCUGCUCUGUAUUUUACGUUUGCAAGAAGAAGAACAAGAGGAAUGUUCCCAACAUAAGACUCAUCGCCACGGUUAAUCCCGAGUAUGCGAGCACUGCCUAUGUAGCUGACGAGUGGGAAGUACCCAGGGAGAAGAUACAACUUAUACGAGAAUUGGGUAAUGGUUCCUUUGGCAUGGUCUACGAAGGUUUGGCCAAGGACGUGGUUAAAGGUAAACCAGAAGUACCAUGCGCCGUGAAGACCGUCAAUGAGAAUGCCACGGAUCGUGAACGAAUAGAAUUCCUGAAUGAAGCCUCUGUAAUGAAGGCUUUCAAUACUCAUCACGUAGUCAGAUUACUAGGGGUCGUGUCACAGGGUCAACCGACCCUUGUGGUAAUGGAGCUAAUGGUGAAUGGAGAUCUCAAGACCUAUCUUAGAAGUCAUAGACCCGAUAUGUGCGAGAACUUCUCACGACAGCCACCAACUCUCAAGAGGAUAUUACAAAUGGCCAUUGAGAUUGCCGACGGGAUGGGAUAUUUGGCUGCUAAGAAAUUCGUGCAUCGUGAUCUGGCAGCUAGAAAUUGUAUGGUCGCCGAAGACCUUACGGUGAAGAUUGGUGAUUUUGGUAUGACCCGGGAUAUCUACGAAACGGAUUACUACCGCAAAGGCACCAAGGGCCUGCUUCCUGUCAGAUGGAUGGCACCCGAGAGUCUUAAGGAUGGUGUCUUUACAAGUUUCUCUGAUGUUUGGAGUUACGGUGUAGUCCUUUGGGAAAUGGUUACCCUGGCAUCUCAACCUUACCAGGGUCUGUCUAAUGAUCAAGUGUUACGUUAUGUCAUCGACGGCGGUGUUAUGGAACGUCCAGAAAAUUGUCCUGAUUCUCUUUACAAACUCAUGAGGCAAACCUGGAAUCACAAAGCAACUAAGAGACCCACGUUCAUUGACAUCGCCACUAUGCUCCUGUCGGAAGUGAAUGUCGAGGCCUUUGAAAGGGUCAGCUUCUAUCAUAGUUCUGAGGGUGCCGACGCGAGACAUCAGAAUAAUUCUCAUUCGCCACAUACUGACAAGGACCUGGAAAUUUCUACGUUACAAGACCUUCGGGAGGACGAGGGAGAGGGCGAGGAGGACUCUCCACUGCGUCAAGAUUUCGGGGACUUUGCUAACUUCGAACCAACGAGUCUCAAAAAUAAUUCAAAUUCUCGCUACGUCACGGAACCGUACGGUGAAAAUUCUAAAGUCUCCAGGACCUUCCACGACCUGAACUCCUCAAAGGUGCCACUGAAGGCGGGAUUUGACGAUUUCGACGGUGUUUCCGGAGAUUCCCUCGCAUCCAGCAAAGACACCCUUAAUCUACCGUUUGCCGAGGAGAGUCUAAAUUCUGUUCGGAACUCUCCGUUCGCGGAAAAACGAAGUACCAGUCGUGGUAAUAUCAGUCAAAUCUCAGUCGGUAAGUCUUUGACACCGCAGACGGGAAACAAACGUGUCUUCCUCGAGAGUCCAGGACUUUCCAGGACACGUUACGCUCCCGACUACGAGAAUCACAGUCCCGAGUUCAUAAACGAUGAGAACAACAAGGAUGCAAUACCGUUGAGAAUUGACUUCCCGUCGAUGGAGGCCAUUGACGAUGACGAACCCGAGGUUAGGAAAGAUAUCAAAAAGGCUCAAGCUGAGUACAUGAACAAACCGGAAACUCUGAACAAUGGAUACAUAGGCGGCGCGGCAACGUAGUAGUUCUUUCUCAACCUGUGGUGUUCUAUUCACGAAUGAAAAUCAACGAUAUAUCUCUCGAAGUUUCGAAAACUUGGAAAAAUGGAUCAUCCAUUGAUGGAUCAUCCAUCGAUCUGUCCAAACUCGAGAGCGGAAGGGGACAGCACAGGUUAGUCGGACUAAAUGAACAAAAUAAGGAACUUUCUUGAGAUACCUUCCUGAUCCUUCGAUAUUCGAUAGGACUUAAUAUACCAAGUGAGGUUUUUCCCAGAUACGAGCAGCGAAGGUAGACACCUAUCCAUUGUCAUUGAAUAUGACAAUGGCUAUCGAAGUAGGAUACCAACGAAACUAUUCGAGGUUAAGUCGGCGAAUUAGUGGUAUAUACUGUAGGUUUUUUUUUUUUUUAAAUACAUUUCAUUGUGGCUCAUCCUAUCAUAAUGAACCACCAGAGUAAACCGUCUCAUCCCUCACCAUGGUUACGUGUUAAAGAGCGAUUUUUUUAACUCUGGCACAGCAGCUGGCGCGGUUUUUUCAAUUUCCUAGGCUCUUUUACAACAGCCAUGGAAAUUAAGCGACAACUAUUUAAUUCGAAAAAGUUGUACGGUGUAAAUAACUAUAUUCAUUUAAAGCAGAUGAAAUAUUCUUCAGGCUGCUUUUCAGCGUUUCCAUAUGCGUACGCAUGCACGGAUUGAUGAUGUCUGAAGGGGGAAAGCUAUAAAAUUAUUAUCCUCUUUUCUUAGUCUCAAAAUUUUAGUUAAUUCAAAUUUUGUCCACGUGGAAGGAGAGAAAAAUUUAUGUAUUUUUUAUAAUAUUCUUUAAGGAAAAGAUUAAUUUAAUUGUAAUUCAAUCUGAUCCACGGUUCUGUGGUGUAGAUAAAACGGUUAAGAUAAUAUUUUCAUAAUUUAAUCGAUAUUAACGGACAAUAAUGAUUCGACGUUAUUUCUUCGCUUCUGUUAUCAUCAUUCUGCGCACGUGUUCACCCAUAGGUUAGAUGAACCAGGAAGCUUAACGUCUAUGAUUAUAUAUCGCAGACGGUUCAAAUAGUCAUACGGCGGCCACAAAGGGAAUAACUUUAUAUUUUAACAUUGCCGCGAAAUUCGCAUAAAAAUAUUGAUCCAUUACGAGCUCGCGACACGUGUUCAUGAAACGUCGAACAAAUAUAAGAAAAAAUAUCACAGACUUCUUCACGUGUCAGACGCGCUAUAAAGGAAGAACGAAUGAACGAAGGAAGCAAUGGAAGAUUGGAAAAUGGUUUAUAUUGGAAAAAAAAGUCAAGGAAAUAAUUCAUAGUUGAAAAAAGAUAAGAAAAAAAAGUGACUUGAGAAUUUGUCUUCUGUGUUCCGACUGAUUGAAUAUACACAAAAAGAUAUAUGAAACUGGUCCACAAAAGCCCUAUUGACAUUAGCUCAGAGAAUGAAAAAAAAAGAAAAAAAAAAAAUUGAAUUCUGCUUAACUAUUACUUACCAUUUUCUACAGAUUUUCGUGACCACGUCGAUAUCGCGUUGAACUCUUGAUUGUAACGAGGUAUCCGUUAUCUCGUGAUUCGAGGCGUAGCUCGCAAUAUACACGCGGUUAGCGAACGAUCGAUAAGAAAAAAAAAAAAGAAAAAAAUAAAAAAAAUAAAAUUGCGACCUACGACGAGACGCGAUCUCGCAAGUCUGACAGAACAAAAGUAAAGCGAUUAAAAAAAAA